ACCAGCGGUAACAGCUGAGAUUUUUCUUGAAGAUAACAACACCUGUUAAAAGUCAAACUCACCUUCAAUCGAAAUGGUUUAAGAAAAAAGAGAUGAAGAAAGCACCAAGUCCCCGCAACUUCCCCUCGAGCCAAAGACAGGAAAACUUCAUUCUCCGAGAUGAACCGGCCGGCAAUAGCGCAUCCAAUGGAACUCGUUCUGCCUUGAAAUAUUUCAAGGUUGCAGCAAAGAAAGUUGCUGGAGCUUUCGCCGUUGUUCUCUUCUGGCGGAAGAAGGUCGACUCAAAAUAUCAUAUAGCUGAUUCCAGCAGAAAUAUCGUUCGAACCAGAGGGAAUUCGGUUUCAAUAGAUCCUUCUUCGGGGAGCAGCGCGAAGAGUUCAUCAAUUUUCAAGUCCUCUAGCUCUGGUUAUUCUUCCUGUGUUUUCAAUGGUCAAGUUGGGAAUUUCUCCAUUGAAGAGAUUUACAAGGCAACCGAAAAUUUCUCUCCAGCUAAUAUAAUUGGGGAAGGCGGAUUUGGGACAGUGUACAAGGGGAGGCUCCGGGAUGGUACUCUUGUUGCAAUAAAGCGCGCUAGAAAGAACAAACAUGAAAACCACUUGGAGUUCAAGAAUGAAAUGCUUACCUUGUCAACGAUUGAGCAUCUGAAUUUGGUAAGGUUGUAUGGAUAUCUGGAGCAUGAAGAUGAGAAGAUCAUUCUGCUUGAAUAUGUCAGCAAUGGGACACUCCGGGAACAUCUUGAUGGUACCUUGGGAAAAGGACUCGAAAUUGCAGAGCGGCUGGAGAUUGCAAUCGAUAUUGCUCAUGCAGUUACCUACCUUCACAUGUACACAGAUCAUCCAAUAAUCCACAGAGACAUAAAAGCAUCAAACAUUCUCAUAACAGAGAAACUGCGUGCAAAAGUGGCAGACUUUGGGUUUGCACGAUUGGGCUCAACAGAUCCUGACGCAACUCAUGUUUCAACUCAAGUCAAAGGAACGGCAGGCUACUUGGAUCCUGACUACCUCAGGACGAAUCAACUCACCGAUAAGAGUGAUGUUUACUCCUUUGGUGUGUUGCUUGUAGAACUGAUGACUGGAAGAAAACCCAUUGAAACGAAGAGAUCAAUCAGUGAGCGGGUAACAAUAAGAUGGGCAAUAAAGAAACUGAACGAAGGAGAGGCAGUAAUUGCCAUGGAUCAAAGGCUGCAAAGGAGCCCAGAAUCAGUCAUGGCAGUGGAGAAGGUACUCAAACUAGCUCACCUGUGCCUUGUACCUACGAGAAAAUCAAGACCUUCCAUGAAACAAUGUGUCGAGGUAUUAUGGAAUAUCCGAAAAGAUGUUAGAGAAAGAUCCAGUUCUCAUUCUCUCCCUCCUAGUUCUCCUCAAUCUGCAAACUUUCCCGAGAGAGAUGCUAAGAAGAGUUUACAUAUAUCUUUUGGUGUUGAAGAUGGUGACAGCUACAAAUUUAUCUCUGCAUGAUUGAGCGGCAAGCGGAUUUUAAGAGAAACAUCAUUAUUUCAUCUGUAAUUUUUUCUUAAUGUAGAAAUACAAAAUGAUAUAUUCAUUUGUUAUAAUUCUUGUGAGUUUGUGCUCAUUCUUUUGAAAUCUAAGAAGACAUGUAGAUAACGAGUUGUUUGUGUUUUUAGUAAAUAUAAGACUAGGUGGAAGACAAGAUUAUGAAUUUUAAGUUAA